AUGUAUAAAAUAAAAGCCAGUCAACCAAACAAGCUUUCAAAUUCUCUGCAAACGCUGAGGAAGAGCAGUCAAAUAGAGUCAGAAAUCUCUUCCAAAUAUAUUUUCCUCUUCCUCCAGAAAAUAGAAACGGUUACCGUGGCAGAUUUCCUCCGGGAUCCAUUUGAUGUUCUUAUCGUUGGUGGUGGCACUGCGGGCUUAGUCCUCGCUGCGCGCUUGUCUGAGGAUCCACGCAUUCGAGUCGGCGUGAUGGAGGCAGGCCUCUCGCGCAUCGGCGAUCCAAACGUUGAUCUACCAGCAAGAGUAGCAAUGAUGAUAAGUAAUCCAGAAUACGAUUGGAACUUUAAAAGUGUGGGAACCAAAAAAAAAAGUGUAUCAUGUACCACGAGGAAAAAUGCUUGGUGGUUCAAGUGGCAUCGAUUUCCUGGCCUACGCUCGACCCUGCGCGGAGAUAUUGAUGACUGGUCCGAGGCGUUUGGGAUCCAAGGCUGGUCAUGGUCUGAUCUGUUACCAUAUUUUGAACGGGGCGAGAGGCGAGAGUUCGACGAGCCUAACAUUCUCAAUCGAGGUCUUGAGGAAUGCCCUCUGAAUCAGGACUGUCAUGGCCUUAAUGGAGCUAUUCACACCUUGAUGAGUACUUGGCAAGUUCCUUUUGAAAAGAAGCUCCUACUCGCCUUCGAUGAAGUAUCCGGCCUUUCACGACCCGAGGACCCGUACAACGGCAGCCAUCUGGGGUUUUAUAGAACUCUAUCUACAACUAACCGAGUAGAGAAGCCAAUUCGAAGCUACGCAGCCAGAGGAUAUUUGGCACCGAUCUCUGGGCGGGCAAAUUCCAUAGUCCUGACGAACGCCCUCGCUCGUAGAAUCAUAUUAGAGAGUGGCUCUGAUGGGUUCCUUUUCGCAAAAGAAGUUGAGUUUCAGCAUGAGGGAGUCUUCUACUUGGCUUUCGCAAGAAAUGAAGUCACCCUCAGUGCUGGAUCCAUACAAAGUCCCCAGCUCCUCAAACUUUCAGGCAUCGGAGAUCCCAAGGUUCCUGAAGAGGUGCACAUUCCUUGCUUAGUACCUAACCCUCAUGUCGGCAACAAUCUUCAAGAGCACACUAUGUCUGCUGUUGCCUAUGAACUAGCUCCCGAUGUCCUAUCACUUGACUCAUUAUUUCGAAACCCAGCUUUGAUGGCAGAACAUCAGAAACUCUACACGGAAUGGCAUCCUGGGGUAUUUUCUAGAGCCGUCAGUCUCCCUGGUUACAUUCCAUAUUCUUCACAAGUGGACAAGACAGAAUUUGAAGAAACGAUUUCCACCAUCUUGUCUAGUGCUCAUGCGAAUACUCGGUCACCGCUUCAAGACCCCAUCUCCCAGAAGAAACAGCAAGAGCCCAUCGUCGCACGUAUGCGCAGCCCCAAAGCCGCGGACAUCCUUCUGUUUUGUUCGUCAGCGAAUUUCAAUAUCGGGAGAGCUCACUUCGAUUGCAGUAAACUGAUGUCUGGUGCCCCUGACGGUCACAACGCCUGUUACUCGGUCACAGUCAGCAACAUGUACCCCCUCUCUCGCGGCAGCGUACACAUUCCAUCACACGACAUCCUGGAUACCCUCUCAAUCGAUCCAGGAUUCCUUUCCCACCCAGCCGACGUUUGA